AUGGCGGCGCUGAAGGCCGCGAUGUACGGCGUGGUGGCCGCCAUGACCGUCGGCGCUGAGAUCGAUGUGCCGACUGAUGCGCUCCGCACGAUGCUGGCGCCUGACGUGGUCGUCACGGCCAAGGUCCGCCUACUAAAGGCGGCGGAUAUCAGCCGAAUGAUUUGGGAGGAACUCAUCACUAAUGGAGAGACCACGCCAGUGCCGCUCACUCCUACCGUGGCGCUGCUAUACGUGCGCUUCGAGCAGAGCGCCGAGUCCCAGGGCUCGGCGACGCCUCUGACGUCGCGCACGUGGCCCUUCGCCGACUCCGCGCAGCUCCCGCCCGUCUACGCCACUCCGCUCGCGUUCAUCUCGCCCAUCGUCUCCUUCCGCCUCUACCCCGGCGAACCCGCGGGGCCAGCGGCGCAGCAGAAAGAACUCGGCCUGAUCGAGAAAGGGGAUUAUCCGGGAGAUGUAUCCUUCCAGAUGUCUCUUGGCGUUGCGCAGUCUCUUAUGUCUUUUCCACGAAAGUGCACGGUGAUUAAUCUGCAGGGCGGUAUAGACCAGCAGACGCUGUCGACUCAAGGUGUUCCUGAUAAAGCAGAGUGUUUCAUGUACAGCACGUUCAACAGCAGCUACUUCUUCGUUCUCACGGAGCCGGUGGACAUUCAAGACCAGGUCAAGUUUCCGCCACCCCCUCCGCCAUCCCCUCCGCCUCCGCCCAGUCCCCCUUCUCCGCCUCCGCCUCCCCUAGCUCCUCCUCCCCCGCCACCUCCCGUUCCGCCUCCUCCCCCGCCGGCUGGAGGCAGCAACACGGCCCUGAUCUUGGGCAUCAGCAUUGGCGUGGGUCUCGUGGUGUUGCUGCUGGCGGGCGGCUUGGCGGCGUUCGUUUAUAUUUGGACGGUCAGGCGGAAAAAGCACGCGCAGUCUCAGCCCGAGGGCAAUGUGGGGCGCGCGCAUCUGAUCGCUGCAAUAUCGACCGUGAAAGGCGGUGCGCAAGGCCAUGCACGCGUGGAAAACAGCAUCGCACCCACACCCAGUGGGGGAGCAGGCUCAGGACGGUAA